UGAAGGCCGGCGGCUGCUUGCUGCCUGCUUGUGUCGCCGCUAGGUGUUUGGGGGCGCGACGCGAGGGCCAUGAGUUGCCUGGGCUCGGUGCAACAGAAGGUGCCUUGCCUCUUUGUGACCCAGGUGAAGGAUGAGCCCUCGGCCAAGCGGGAGCGCCAGCCUUUUAAGGUGUUGGCUACUGAAAUGAUUACUCAGAAGGCAUUAGAUGCAGAUAUAUACAGUGCAAUUCCAACUGAAAAGGUGGAUGGAACUUGCUGUUAUGUAACUACGUAUAAAGGGCAACCGUAUCUUUGGGCUCGGUUGGAUAGAAAACCCAACAAGCAUGCCGAAAAAAGGUUUAAACGGUUCCUGUACUCAACAGACAACUCAAAAGGAUUUACUUGGGAUAUUGAAGAAGACUUCAAGCAUGUCCCUGAAUGCUGGAUUCCAGCAAAGGCAAUAGACCACUACAAUGGGAAGCCUUUUCCUGAUGAAAAUGGACAUAUUCCAGGUUGGGUGCCAGUGGAGAAAAACAGCAAACAGUAUUGCUGGCACACUUCUGUUGUGGACUAUGAAUUUGAUCUAGGUCUUGUGCUGAAACACCACCCUGAGGAAUCUGGUCUGCUGGAAAUAAGUCCUGUACCCUUAUCUGAUCUUUCAGAGCAAACACUAGAACUUAUUGGGACAAAUGUUAAUGCAAACCCUUAUGGUUUAGGAAACAAGAAACAUCCUGUGCACCUCCUUGUACCACAUGGAGCAUUUCAGAUAAAAACUCCACCAGCACUAAAUCACAACGACCUGCUCUCUUGGUUCAGUGGAUGCAAUGAAGGGAAAAUUGAAGGAAUUGUAUGGCAUUGCAACAAUGGAUAUUUAAUCAAGCUCCAUCGACAUCAUCUUGGCUUGACCUGGCCAAUUGGGGACCCUCAUUUGACUUCUCAACCAGUUGUUGUCACUUUCAGUGGGGCCAAAUAUGACUAUAAUUUUGAAUCAAAGACACUUUUUAAUUACUUUUCAAAGGUGGAUGGUCAAAGAUUCAAUAGUCUCAGAGAUAUAGUGUGGGAUCUAUGACAAGAUUUCUUUUUGUAAAAAUAGCAAUUUUUAUGACUGUCCCAUGUAUUUGGAACUGAAGUGUCAGAUUGUGUCCAGAUGUAAAUAGUAUUUAAUGUCUUCAAACCCUCAUGUAAAUAUAACAAAUAUUACUGUUCAUACAGAAGAAGAGCCAUAAAGGAAAAUCUAAACUAUGUCUCUUGAACAUCUUUAACAGUCUCAAACAGUUAAGCAUCUGAGACACUUUAUUAAAGCAGCAAGAAGCAGGUACAUGGAGUGCCAUGUUUUUUAAUUGCUGUACAGUUAUUUUCAAUAAUUGCUGUAGUAUAUUGAUCAAUAUGUAUAGGUAUAUUUAUUAUAGAAAGAUAACAUUUGACAUCGAUAGCACUGGAGUUUUCUUCUCAUUUUGUAACUUAAAAUGAUCAAACAGCUGUUUACUAGACUGCUUUGAUGCCUGAAUCUCCCUAGAACUGAGUAGGGUUUAUACUAGCCAAGGCUUUUGAGGGCAGGAGUAUUAUUUUGGACUUAAGUCAGUAUUACUGUGUACCCUUAAGGGCAGCUUCUUGUGCCAAAUGUUGUACUCUGUCAAAUAUUAGAACCCAAAACACUUGGGUAGUACAUCUAUUGGGAUAGGUACAUAUGUAGCAGUUGGCGUUCCUGUAUAUUUUGCAUGAAAAGGAAUGAUUUGGGAAGGACAGUGUCCUUUACUUUGUAGUUUAAAGGAGAGUGUAUGGUUGUAGAUACAAACUUAUACAACUGAGGCAGUAUCCAUAGGUUGGUGAUCCUCUGAUUCUGUUAGCAGUGCUCCACUAGCGAAUGUUUUACCGUUGGUGGAGCCCAAUUGUAGGAUCCACUGCCUGAGGUUAUUAGAAUACAACACGUAAUUUAAGACCCUAAGGUGUAACAUUUUACAAUAUUCACUUCAGAUAUUCUGCAUUUCUCUAGAAGCAUGUUUGCUUUAACACAGGAUACAACUUGCUUAUAUAAUUUAAUACUUUCUCUCUGGGGGAGUGUUUCACUAAUC